UAAGUGCAGACCACGACAUUGGUCACGAGCACGAUUUCUAUUUGCGAGAGAAGUCAAGAUUCCCCAUUUCCUAUUGAAGGGCAAACUGGCCUUCGUCUCUGACCUGACGCAACAGUGUGAGGCAAAUGUCCUAAAAGGUACCAUGAAAUUCUUCAGUUUUCUUUUGCUUCUUCUGUUGCAGCUGCAGAAAUCGUUCAGCCUUCCGGAAGGAGCUGCUUGCCUUCAAAGUUUGGGCAAUACCCCUCCUGCCCAGUGGCGUGUGAAUGGGCAAUGCUGCAGCUGUGAUAGAGGAAAAGUGCAGUGUUAUGUCGAUAUAGCUUCUGCUUGUGCUGAUCGGCCUGAUGACGUCAGCGGAUGCGAUUUUAUUAACAUUUGUGGAUGUGAGAGGUGGAUUUGUAAGGACCAAAUUAGAGAAAAGGAGCAUCGACAAAAGCUCAAAAGUCAGGUCGGAGAUUCUUAAAGGAAACGACAAGUAUACUCUAAUGACGUCAUUAAGAGAGAAACGCGAAGCGUCUGGAGAGGAGGACGAA